UGGAGGGAAAAAAAGGAAAAAAAAACGAAGAAAAAAAACGCAUAUCUGAGGGGUUUGAGGGGCGGAUUUGGACAAAGUUUCCCAACUGUCCCGACCCGAGGAAGCUCCGGGGGGGUUGACGGGGAAUCGAUUUCACCGAAAUAAUGGACGAUUCCCAUUUCAACUCAUCAUACUUUUGGUCUCCCGUCCCCACUGUACAAGGACAGAUUGAGAACGCCAUGUUCCUGAACAAGACAAAGGAGCAGCUAGGCCCAGAGAAGACCAAUGCGCCCUCCUUCCCUCACUCAUCUGCGUCUUCCACCUCCUCCCCCCACUACCCCACGGCUGUGCUUGCCAUCCCCGGCUCAAUGGACGCAGGGGCCGGGGUGCGGGUGGUUCCCAAACAGGAAGGAGGUGGGGGUACUGCAGGAGGAGGUGGUGGUGGUGGCAACAGCGGCACCACACCUUUAAGUGUGGUCGGGGGACACCUACAUCAGUCGCACACCUCCCAGAACAUUACCGUUGUGCCUGUUCCUUCUACGGGUAUCAUGACUGCUGCGGGGUUAGUGAUCACCACCCCUCAAGGCACACUGGUCCCCACUGCCUCCACGCAGUCAUUUGUAACUGGACCCCACACUGCCACCACCAUGAUAGUGUCUGCACUGCACCCCUCAAACACAGACAAGAAGGAGGACAUUGCUAUCCCUCCUGCAGUUGUUAUGCCGACGCCAUCAAAGCGAGGCAGGAAGAGCAAACAGGUGAUGGGAAGAGUGGCUGGAGUGGGUGGGGUACUCCCUCCAGGAAGUGAUGCAUUAAUAUUGGCGCACCUUGCCGCUGGUGGACAGCACCACACCGCUGACCCAUAUGACCUGUCAAAUGAUGAAGAUGAUCAUACCAACAAAGAUGGCCCCAAAUCCUACAGGUGUCGGAUGUGUGCAGUGACGUUCUUCAGCAAGUCAGACAUGCAGAUCCACGCCAAGUCCCAUACCGAGGCCAAGCCCCACAAGUGCCCCCACUGUUCCAAGUCUUUUGCCAACUCCAGCUACCUGUCCCAGCACAUCCGCAUCCACAGCGGGGCCAAGCCCUACACCUGCACCUACUGCCAGAAAACAUUCAGGCAGCUCAGUCACCUACAGCAGCACACACGAAACCACACUGAGGCCAAGCCCCACAAGUGUCCCCACUGCUCCAAGUCGUUUGCCAACUCCAGCUACCUGUCCCAGCACAUCCGCAUCCACACCGGGGCCAAGCCCUACACCUGCUCCUACUGCCAGAAAACAUUCAGGCAGCUCAGUCACCUACAGCAGCACACACGGAUUCACACUGGUGACCGACCGUACAAGUGUAACCAUCCUGGCUGUGAAAAAUCUUUCACUCAGUUGUCCAACCUACAGUCUCACCGUCGGCAGCACAACAAAGACAAGCCGUACAAGUGCCACAACUGUAACCGUGGUUACACAGAUGCUGCCAGCCUGGAGGUGCACCUGUCCACACACACCGUGAAACAUGCCAAGCUGUUCUCCUGUGGCCUCUGUAACCGAUCCUAUACCUCGGAGACAUAUCUAAUGAAACACAUGAGGAAGCACAACCCCGACCCACUAACAGUGGCUGCAACAGUAGCUGCUCAGCAGGCCCAGGGUCUUACGCCAGGCGGAGGAGGGGGCAGAGGCAGAGGCCGUGGCCGAGGGAGAGGGGGUGGGGGCAGAGCAAGCCAGCUCCAAGGCCAGACCAACCCAAACAACACCACCCAGAACCCUAACCCUGGACCCCCAGGCAGCUAUCAGUCACACCAGCAGCCCGCAGAAGCUGUGGUUCAAUGCCCAUUUGACCUGCACCAGUACAAGACAGUGUCAGCCAGCGAGAUCCAGUACAAACCAGUCACUGUGGCAGACCUGCCAGUGACACACAAAGACCUUUGCCUCACCGUCUCCACAUCAGCCAUACAGGUGGAGCACAUGAACUCUUAGGCUGCAUCUUCCCAUUCUGUUGGAGGAUUACUAAUUGUGUCUGCAGUGUAAAAAGGUCCAUAAGAACAAGUAAUUUAACGGUAUUCAGUUUUACAGUCUUCUAAAACAAGAAAAAAUGACUACUAGGGUGAAAAUGUUUACCACCCUAAUAGCCAAGUGCAAGUCAUGUCAUUUAUUUAUACUUUUCUGGAUUUGACAAUGUAACAAGACACUAGUGAAGUUAGUUUAGAUGAACUUCCCGGUGGCUUAGAGUGACUUUAUUUUGAAAGGGGUUGAUUUCAAAGAUACAAGUAAAAUUUAGUCCACCCAAUGUCAGUUUCUUCCUUAAUUUCAAGAAGCUUUAAUUCGGAGUACAACGUUAAAUUACUUGUGACAACACAGAUAUUUUACACUGUGCUUCUCGAUUCCUGAGCCCACUUGUGCCAAGUAUCUCUCAGUAGAAAUGCUGGUCUAGGACACUGAUAGAAGUUGUUUAUUCCACAGCCUGUUUGUGAAGACUUUACCAAAACUGAAUUGGGGAUCAGUUAUGAAUAAGAUGGUGAUUAAGUCCAGACCUGAAUUUCUCAAAAGCAUCUUUUGUCUAAUUGCAUGUUUAAUCAACUCUAAGUCAGUGGACCAGUCAUCAGCUUACUUGCUUUGUGAAACACACUUCAUACACUGAUCCUAAACCAGCAGUCCUGUCUGAGAACCUUGAUAAAAGAAGCUCACUGGUGUCUCUUCUCUUUCUGUAUUGCAUUAUUUGCAAUAGGCAUCAUCGGUGGACGAAGGUGUAAAAUAUCUGUAAAAUAAUAAAUUACACUAUUCUCUGCACAUUUAUGGUCCAGAGAAUUAUGUAAAUUUUGAACACAUUCAGAUCACAUUAAUCUGAACAUUCUCCAUUAUUUCGUUCAAGCCAAAACAAGGGAGAGAAACAAGGCAAGGAAUCCUGAUGAAAGACUGUAGAGAUUCAUAAUCGUGACUGAGACGGCAGGGCAGUGGUAUCGAUCUGAAAAAUGAGGAAGGACUAGGUAAAUAAGCGCGAAUGACUUUUAAAUGACACUGCCAAGAUGCCGUGGACAGCAGAGGCUGGAUGAAAAUGACUGAAACUGAGCCUGAGAAAAGACCACAAAAAGGGGGCAGCAGAACGAAAGGGAUGUGGUGUAUUAUGGGAUUAGGCUAAAGCCUGGGGCUGAAUCUCAAAGUGUGCAUUUCAGAAAUCAUGAGGUCCUUAUUUACACCCACGUCCCUUCAGACACAGAGGAGUAGAGGAACCAUUUCUUUGUCAGAGCCCGAAGUAUUGAACAAAAGAGACGGAACAGUUCAAGAAUGCACUAAAUGCGAGGAGUCUGCUGCAGAGCAAGAUGGAAACACAAGAGAAGAGGGGUUGGUGGGGUGGGAGGGGUCAAAAAGAAAGCACUUGAUGAAGCUUGUACUUCAUGCCUAUGUUUGUCAUCAUUGUACUUUUUUUUUAAUAUAUCAUGUAUUUUUCUACCAACAGAGGAACGUGUGAACAAACUCAAAGAGAAAGCAUAGUGAGUGCAUGAAUGUGAAGGGAACAGAGAGAAAAGUCCUAACGGAACACACACCCACCCCCCCACCCGCUUUUUUUUUUUUUGGUUUGUUUCUUUCUAUUCAAAGAAGGAUGGUUUGCUAUCCUCCAAUGAGCAAAGACAGCCCAACUUGUCAUUGUCAGGGCAAUUGUUGGAGAGAUAAUGACUGUGUGAAAAAAAUGGCUGACAGGUACUGUUAUCGAUCUUUUUUUAAAGAACUUUUCAUACAUAUUAUUACUACUUUCAUUAUAACUGUAUUGCAAAUGUUACCCACAUUAUUAUCAAUCUGAGGCAUUAUUGUAUUGCAGUAUGCUGUACAUAAAAUAGAUAGAAAAUACUUUUUCAUCUGUAAAAGGGAAGUAUGUCCUGUAUAAAGCAUAUAUAGAAACUAAAGGAACUCAAAUUAAUAAGUACCAAAUCAUUGGCUGUGUCCCAGGUCACCUUGAAGUACUGAUGAACUGUAACCUCCGUGCUCAGCAAAGCCUGAAAAAGAAUGAUACAUUCCAGGCCUAAGAAGUUUGGGAAUUGUUCAAAAAGUUGGUUAAAUUAUGAUAAAAUGAUUUUUUUACUUUUUCUAUACUGUAUGACUGUGCAAUCCUUCCUGCAGUUUCAACCACACUCGCCCAUUGCACUUGCCGAUAUUCAAUCUAAUUGUUGAUGUUUCCUGAAAUGGUUUGGUUAACUGUGUUAAUUUUGUAUUAAUCGUUAUCACACUGUUCGGCUUCCUUCCUUCAUGAACACUUCUACAAAUGAGCCGAGAGUUUAACUUGAUGAUUGAAUAACAUGAAACGAGGCUGUGACACAGGUGACCUGGGACACAGCUGCCAUGUUUUUGUGCACAAGCUAUCUCUACCCAGUCAAAAUGUUCAAGCCUGUUCAACUGGCUGAUUGUCGUCAUGUAUUCUCCUCCAUGUAUUUCAUUGUGUCUUUUUAUGAAAAAUAACACAUUUUCAAUAUUCUUGUUAAUGUUAUUACUGAUGCUCCUGAUAAUAAUACAAUUAUUAACUGCCCUCUUAUGCUACACUCUUGCAUACUGUAUGCACAGUUACACCUCUUGCUCAUCUGAACAGACUGUUUCUUCCCUUAAGGAGAAUAAAGUUUGAAAACAGUUUAUGAUGAAGAUACUUAAUUGUCUGAUUUGUUUUAGUAAAAUCCAGAUUGUGUGGCACUGAGUUGAAUGUAUGUGAGGGCCGAGUUGUGUCUGAUUUUUGUUGACUUAGAAUUGUAAAAGCCCUUUUAGAAUUUUGGUGUAUAGAUUAUCACCUUUUUUUUC